AUGUUGCAACCAAGGCUGUUUUCAAGAUCUGCCCACGGGGCAUUGGCCAGCUCCAAAUGCUCGUCGGCCGCCUUCCUGGGCAGAAGCUAUGCGACCGUCCAGACAACCAUUGAGCCUGCCAACACCUCCGUACCGAGUCCGACCGCGAAGCCUGGUGGCCAGGGUCGGCAGUCAUCCGCUAUUCUGCGCACAUAUACGCCUAGAACCGGUGGUCUCAGACAUUUGAAGCGCCCCAUCAACGAUCACCUAUGGAAGGGCAGGCCAUUCCUGCCAUUGACCUUUCCCAAGAAGGGUAUGGGCAAGGGUGGUAGGAAUCACCACGGAAAGAUUACCGUCAGACAUCGCGGAGGUGGUGCAAAGCGAAGGAUAAGGACGAUCGACUUUGCCCGGUGGAACGCCGGCCCGCAACUCGUCGAGCGCAUCGAAUACGACCCGAACCGCAGUUCGCACAUUGCCCUCUUGUCGGAUCAAGCAAAUGGAAAAAAGUCGUACAUUAUCGCUCCCGAUGGCACAAGAGCUGGAGAUAUCGUACAGAGCUACCGAUCUGGUAUCCCGCAAGAUUUGCUCGACAGUAUGGGUGGUGUUGUUGAUCCCGGUAUUCUGGCUGCCAGAACGGCGCACCGAGGCAACUGUCUGCCAUUGCACCUGAUCCCCGUCGGUACCCCAAUUUUCAAUGUCGGCUCGCACCCCAAGGGCGGCGCCGUCUUCUGCCGCAGCGCCGGAACUUUUGCCAUCGUGGAGGCCAAGGACGAGGAGACUUCAGCCGACGGUGUCAAGGUUGUGACUGGAAAGUACGUCACUGUGAGGUUACAGAGCGGUGAAGUGAGAAAAUGUAGCAAAGAUGCAUGUGCGACCGUUGGAGUGGCCAGCAACAUCCACCACCAAUACCGACAGCUUGGUAAGGCAGGAAGAAGCCGAUGGCUCAACAUUCGACCCACCGUCCGUGGUGUGGCCAUGAACAAAGUCGACCACCCUCACGGUGGUGGUCGUGGUAAAUCCAAGAGUAACAGACACCCCGUCUCUCCAUGGGGACGAACACCGGCCAAGGGUGGUUUCAAGACUCGUCCCAAGAGCAACAUCAACAAGUGGGUGGUCGUUCCGCGGGUACGCAACCACGGAAAGCGCAGAAGCAAGAACAGUUAA